GGCGUUGUGGCGGGUUAUGGUUCUCCAUGAUGAGUUCGGUCCGCAAAUGGCCCAAACUCAGCCCAAGCAAAACUGCACCUUCCACCAAACCCCCACAGCAUGACAGCAAGGAACAGCUGGCUCCUCCCACCACAUCCCACAAUGCACUGCUCUUCCUGCCGGUGCUUUCAGAGGGAGGAGAAGAAGGGAAGGAGAUCCAGGAGGAAGAGGAGGGUUACCUCCUGGUAGAGGAAGAUACAACAGACUCCAGUCUAGUCAUUACAAUGGAGGAGAGUCAGCCUGUGGGGCGAGGCAGGAGGAAGGGGGGGCCGAACAGAAAGCGGAGGGUGCCACAGGAGGAGGAAGAGACAGGAGCAUCUGAGAGUGAGGAGGAGGUGGGAGUUGAGGUGGAGAUUGACAGGCAGCUGGACCAAUCGCUGGAGACCAAAUCCAAACAGCACAACCUGACCACUGUGAAUGUAAAGAACAUUCUCCACGAAGUGAUCACCAAUGAGCAUGUGGUAGCCAUGAUGAAAGCUGCCAUCAAUGAGACGGAGGCUGUUCCUGCUUUUGAGCCCAAAAUGACUCGCUCCAAGUUCAAGGAGGUGGUGGAGAAAGGGGUGGUGAUCCCGGCAUGGAACAUCUCCCCCAUCAAGAAGUCUAGUGAAGUCAAAGCUCCACAGUUUGUAGAUAUCCCCCUGGCUGAGGAAGACUCCUCUGAUGAAGAGUACCAUCCUGAGGAGGAGGAGGAAGAUGAGACGGCUGAAGAUACAUUCCAGGAGAGUGACUUAGAGAGUACGGCAUCAUCUCCAAGGGGCAGUAGAAUCUUCAGACAGGAAGAGGAGAGCUGGAGCCCCUGGCAGAGUUCUCGGUAUAGGUCAAGAUGUUUAAGAGCGGGGUCUGUGUCAAUGGGCCCGCCUCCUACACCUCAAGCCCCUGCCCCUAGAGCUGUGACUGACAGCUCCUUCCUGGAGAAGCUUCAUGCUGUGGAAGAGGAGCUAGCUGUCUGUAUGGAACCUUACCAGCCCCUGUCAGAUGAAGGACACGAUGGCAUGAUGGCCUAUCGGACACGCUCUAAACGUCCAUUACGGAAUGUCCCGUUGGGCCGGCUGGAGGCGGAGCUUAGGGCCCCCGACAUCACCCCCGACAUGUACGACUCAGGCACCGCCCACGAGGACAGGGAUUGGACUAAUUGGCUGAGAGGGCUGAUGAGCUCAGACGUGGAGAACGAAGAAGAGUGUGAUGACGAAGAUGAUCCAGAAUAUAACUUCCUGGCUGACAUUGAUGAGCCGGACCAGGAGGAUUACCGUGAUGACAAGGCUGUCCGCAUCACCAAGAAGGAGGUGAACGAGUUGAUGGAGGAGUUAUUUGAGACGUUAAAGGAAGACCUCACUGGUCGGGAUGUGGAUGAUGAAGGUCAUGAGGAAGAGGAGGAGCCACAGGAUGAGACACAGACUGUCAAUGCACACACUGUGCAAGAGGAUGUCACCAUCAGAUUGGAUAAGGCUGAUGCUGAAGAGCGGCCAAUCCUAGAGCUCCGCACGGUGAAACAGCAGCUGGCUCUGAUCCGGCAGCAGAGGAAACGUGGGUCAGACACGCACACACACUGUCCAGAACCCUUCACACUUACACUGGACCACGGACAGAAGGCCAGACUGCAGCAACAACUCCAGCAGCAUGUCCAACUACUGACCCAGGUUCACCUGCUGACCUGCCCAGUGCCAAAACUACACAGCGAGGCUGAGACCACCAGACAGUUCCUGUUUGAGUUGGACUUCCUGGCUCAGAGAGGAGAGAUGGUGGUCGGGGGUGAGCGGCCGGGUUUCACCAGCACUUUCAGAGCUCCUAACCUCCAGGAGGCGCUGAAGCUGCUAGAGGAGCUGAGACACGCUCCCAUUUCCUACCAGCCGAAGUACCAGCAGCCCAACGCACUAGGGCGCAUGCGUCAGUACCCUGUCAUGCCUGCCCAGCUGGCCUGGCUGUUCGCCGUGCGAUCCGUCUUCCUCUACCCUCAGUUGUUGCCGUGUGCCAGCCUGGACCCAGCCCUCUACUGCCCCCGCAGGGCCAUUGUCUUCACUGCAGCCGAGGACUGUCUCUUGGUUCUGGGUUUGCGAGCCAUGGAAGGGACCAGUGACCCAGCUAAACUGGUGUCCCAGUUCCUGCUGAGGAAGAGUCUGGCUCAGAUAAAACGAAGAAUCCUGCAGUGCUGCAGGCCAGGCUGCCCGGAUAACCUUAUCAAAGCUUAUCGUUAUCAGCGUGUUGUGAUGCCGAUGCCUGUGGCCUGUGGCAGAGUGAAUCCUGGAGACCUGCGCCCCCCUGUGGAGAGAGAGGAGAACAUCCUUCCUCUCUGGUUGGCGAGGAGUCUGCCUGUCAUCUAUCCAUCAAUCAAACAGUUCAACUCUCCAUCUGGCUCCGCCCCCCAGCCAAUAAUGACCAGCAGGCCCAGUCGCGUGCGGCGAUCCCACAGGGCCCUGCUUAGGUCUGGCAGGAAGUACAGCUUCCCCACAGGGACGCGUUACCCACCCCGUCUCCCUGACAACCUGGACUUCCAGCGAAUGGGUUUUGUACUCAUCCAAUCUCCUGGCCCCAGCCCCAGCCUGCCUGCUCCACCCAAACCGCCUGCUCCUCGCUCCUUCUCUCCCUCUCUGGGGCCCUUGCACCGCCCCAGAGCUCCACCCACUUCUAACACAGAAAUUACCCAGUGUUCUCCACAUGUCCUCCUCCACAGGCUUCCCAAAAUAGAUAGCGCAAGAGGAGACUCCGCUUCUCCUGCUGUGAUGUCACAGGUUAGAGAGAGAAUCACUUGGCACUACAGAACCUUCGCCAGCCUGCGAAGGAGACCACUGUCACCCAGCCCCCCCCUCCCUGACACGAGGGCAGACAGGUGGAGCAGGUCUGCUCUUAUCAGAGAGGACAAUCACAGAUUACCUCCUCUCCCCACCCCUUCUCAGCAGGAGUCUGAAAGAGAUGAACAGAGAGAGAGUGAAGGAGAGCAGGAGGAGGGGGGGAGCGAGGUCGACAUGCCUCUCCUUGCUCUCUCUGAAUCUUCCUGCAGUCCAGUAGGAAGCACUGUCCCCGGAGAGGCGGACUCAGAGGAGGAAGAAGGGAGGGUGGAGAUGCAGUUGCCAGAACCAUUGAAAAGGAGGAGGGGAGAGAUGAUGUCACCAUCAUCAUCAUCAUCAGAUGAAUCCACGUUGUCAGUCCCCGAAGAACAGGAGACGAUGGCUAGGUUGGGGUCAGAGGGAAAUGAGAAAGAGGAUGAGCAUGAGGAAGACACACUGGGGUCCCGAUCUGCCCUGAUUCAAGAUGAUAAAGAGGAUGAUGAUGAAGAUGCCUAUGGUCAGACAGAGAAGGAGGAGCUAGCCUUUGCUCAGGAUUACGUUCACCGAGUGUGUGAAGUGAUCCUGGGAGUCCCAGGCCAGGCACGGUGGUUGCUGGAGGUGUUGGAGGGUUUUAGGGAGCAGGGGGAGGAAUCGAGCCCAGUGGAGCUCUACUACAGCCUGGCCAAAGUGCUGGAACCCUGGCCCCGCCUCCUCCAAGACUAUGCCGCCUUCCUCACCGAACCACAGGCACAGCGCUGUGGACUGGUGACAGAACAGCGUCUCUUUCAGCGCAGCCGACGGUUUCUGCGGGAACUGGGGCGCUGUCUGGGAGAAGGCUCCUCCUGUUACCAGGAACUGGUGUCUGUUCUGCAGGGAGGCCCUGCCCCUGGACCGGAUGACAUACAGAAGAUCUCCUACCUUCUUAAAGACCACGCUCACAUCCAGCAGGAAUUCUGGGAAUUCUUCAGUGAGCUCUACACAAAACCGUUUCCCAUGACAGCCAACUCUGAGACUACAAGCAAAAACCCUGCUUCCCAGAGUGCCAGGAGGAGAAACGGUUGUAAGAGCGGUCAGCAAAGCAAACCGUUGGAGCGGAGAGGUAAACGUGAUGUAGAGGAGGAAGACGGUGGGCAGGAUGGAGAGGAAGAUGAAAGAAAGGAGGAGAAAGAAAGAGGAGUGGAGCGCGAGGACUCUCUGUCAGUCUCCAGAGGGCGUCCAGUUUGUGCCAAAAAUAUCUCGCUCACCCCGACAGGAGAGAAGGUCGUCCUCUGGACACGCGAAGCGGACCGAGCCAUUUUGACCGCCUGCCAGCAGAAAGGAGCCAAUCAGAAGACCUUCCGCCUCGUCUCUGCCCAGCUUGGCAACAAGACGGCCAAACAGGUCAGCAGUCGUUUUCAGGACCUGAUGAAACUUUUCCACUCAGCUGCCCAGAAACCCAUUUCCUGUUUAGUAGAGGACAAUCAGCCAAUUGGCAGCCAGGAGGCAGCCCCAGAUUGAACCCUAGCCAAUCACGUGAACAUCUCAGACACAGCUCUGUGCUGUGAUUGGUCUCUGGCCGUGCUGGACAGCGUGUGGCCUUCUAGUCGUUUUCCUCUACGCUGUGAUUGUAGUCAUCUGCCAUAUAGAGUGCUUCCCAGUGGCCGACCGGCUCAAACAGACUCGUGCUGAACAGGGGCAGACACAUUGACCGCACGAAACCUGCCACAGCUGAGGGACAGGACGGCGUCUGCCUGUUUGUCAGAACCCGUCCCAGGAGUUUGUAUGAAUGGCACUGGCUUUCACAUUUUAUUUUCGUUUUUCAAGUGUAGAACUUUUUUUGUAUUUUUUUUUUUAUCUCCCUUUUUCUCCCCAAUUGUACCUAGCCAAUCACCCCGCUCUCUGAGCUGUCCCGGUCGCUGCUCAACCCCCUCUGCUGAUCCGGGGAGGGCUGCAGACGACCACAUGUUUCCUCCGAUACAUGUGGAGUUGCCAUGUUGCUUCUUUUCACCUGACAGUGACGAGUUUCGCCAGGGGGACGUAGCACGUGAGAGGCUCACGCUAUUCCCCCUGGUUCCCCCUCCCCGCCGAACAGGCGCCAUUACCGACCAGGGGAGGCGCUAAUGCAGUGACCAGGAUACAUACCCACAUCUGGCUUCCCACCUGCAGACACGGCCAAUUGCAUCUGUAGGGACGCCCGACCAAGCUGCAGAUAACACAGGGAUUUGAACCUGCGAGCCCUGUGUUGGUAGGCAACGGAAUAGACCGCCACGCCACCCAGAUGCCCUUUUUGUAAUUUUUUUGAGGCUCAUCACACCACAGACAAGCCUUCAUCACCACGACAGCUGAAUAUAGGCUGACUGGAAACACUGAGUGAAGCUUAUCCAUCCUUUCUCAUAAGACCUGGAUGACCUGACGAACCAAUGAACCAUUGAAGAACUGGACAGUAUUAAGACCACCUGCUGGAGCAGCUGGGAGGGGUAGUUAAGUGCCUUGCUCAAUACUAAAACAUGUUAAUAUUGCUGCGAAUUAGGGGGGCAGUCCGGGAACCGCCACAGCCGGGACGCAGACCCGUAUCUCCUGCACCGGGGGCGACAGCGUUAACCAGUCGACUAAAGGGUCCGACCCGUCAGCCAAGGGCUAACGUGCCUACUUAUCCAUGCGUGUUACAAUAUGUUUUAAUAUACAUACAUUCAGAACCUCCACCUCAAAACCAGAUCCUCUCAGCCUACUCCGGAUUUCACUAGGCUUCGUCAUUAUUAACAUUAAUACUUAUUAUUAUUUUCAUAAUUAUUAAUAUGAAGAAGCAAUAGGAGAGGAGGAGGAGGGAAAGGCAGAAAGAGAAUACAGUUUACGUUGGGACGUCUACUAAAACCGUUUGAGGCCUCACCUGCUGCCUCUCUGUUUGGGUCCGUUGCUGUGAAUAGUUCGGUUCAUUGUGUGGUCGUUGAGAAUGAUCAUGAAUAAAAAUGUGAAUAAUCAAAAUCACUUAUCACAGGUGUUCUGUGAUCAGUUCUCCGAUUUAAAGGUUUUUGAAUACAAUUGCUGAACUGCUUGAAUGUCAAUAAAUUAUUUUUUUG